ACAAUGGGUUCUUGCGAAUAAAAAGUAGGAAUGCUUUAGGCGGACAAAGAUAUCUGCGAGGUAUAUGUUCUAGUUUUUCCAGGGAGGCUUCAGCGCACGAGUCCAAGGCACGUUGCCAGUAGUUAGCCAAGGACUACUGCAACAGCGGGCGUUGUUCAAUACAGCAGGAUCACUCAGUGCUUUCGGAAGCGACAGAGGGCGGUCAUCUGCCAUUGGAGUUGAAGAAUGGAAAAUGCAAAAUUUUGUCUUUGGCUCACGUGUCUUUUCACCCUUUUCUGCCUUGGAGAACAAAUACAUGGUUUUGGAUUUAUAUUUAAGCGAAAGGCCUCUCGGAAGACUGUAAGAAGGUUGCUGAAAGACAAAGAAGUGCUCCUUAUAAGCCGCGGCAUAUAUGGACGACCAGAUUAUCCUAUGUGCGUGCAAUCACGCUCACUUGGAUUAUAUGAACAGAGAAUUCGUGCCAAUUUCAGCUAUUAUGAAAAAGAUUUACAGGACCUGAGGACACAAGGACACAGGAUAUACCGAGAUACAUACAUUGAUAUACCGCAGGGAAAGAAGAAAAUAAUGAACGUAUCUGCCUAUAUAGUGAAUCAACAGUUGGACACUAAGUUAUCUGGACACUUCCUCCUAUUAUAUUCCAGGAAAACCUGCUUUAUUGUGGGCACAGAGAAAAACG